AUGACAAUUAUUUCAGCCGCUGAGGCCCAACACACCGGCCAUCCUGCAGCCAUUGACCAAACAGAUAUGCAAACCGCUGUCAACACGAAUCUGAUCGACACCCCUAACUCCCCCGAUAUGUCCGACGACGAGCUGGACGACCAGUCCCAGGACGAGUAUAUGUCUUCGGGAGAUGGGACAUCACCAGCACAAGAGGAAUGCACUUACGAUAAACCAUCUAACCGUCGGAGGACCCCUGGGCCGGGAUAUAUCCAGGCCCUUGAGCAAAGACUCGACCGCGCUGAGGCCCUUCUGCGCCAAUUCAUGCCUAAUGUUGACCUUACCGAUCAUAAUCUCGAUCCGGUGAUACAAAAAGAGUUUCGCAAUCGGCAAAAAGCGAGGGCCCAAGCUCAAGCCAUGACUAUCAGGGAGGAGCCAUCUCAGGAAGAGGGGGGAGAUGAGAAAGAUGACAAGCCUGGCAGCAACCAUGACAACGAGGAUGCCAAGCUCAUGUCCAUGAUUGAGUCUAUGGGCCAGCUAGAUCUGAAGGAAGGAGGUGUCUGGGAUUUUCACGGGAAUGAACACGGGAUAAACUUCUUGCCUAGACCGGUCCCACCGCCCGGGUUGUUCAGCAUUGAUUCCCCUGCAGCCAUAGGAGCUACACCAAGCGCCAACUCCCAGGAGGCAAAACUAGAGCAGAGGUUCCAGCUGCCACCAAAAGACAGGGCCAAGAAACUGUGCUACUACUCCCUUGACUGCGCGACGUGUUUGUUGAGGGUUAUUCACCAACCAAGUUUCUAUGAAAUGUUCGAAAAGUUGUAUACAACACCACAAGAGUCUUGGGGGAAUGAAGAGCACAGGUUCCUGGGACUGUUCUUUGCCGUGUUGGCUCUUGGGUGUGUCUACAACGUGUCUCAGGUUAGCCCAUCCAGUCCAGCACCGACCUAUAAGGAUGCUUUGGAGGAAGGGAUCAAAUACUACCUAUCUGCGCGUCUCAUCCUCCAAGAUGUAGCCGAAUGCCGCGAUCUCUGCUCACUUCAAGCUUUUGUCUACCUGAUUCUCUUCCUACAAGCGACAUCGCAUAUCAGCGAUUGCUACGCGUUCCUCGGGAUAGCAUUGCGAUCAUGCUUACGCAUGGGUUUGCAUCGCCAUAUUCUCCAUGACAAAAUCACUCCCAUUGAGGAUGAGACACGUCGCAGGGUCUUUCAUGUUGUUCGACAGAUGGACUGCUACGUCUCUGCUAUUCUGGGUUUCCCAAUUCUCUUAAGCGACGAGGACGUUGACCAACCCCUACCGAGCGAGGUUGAUGAUGAGUUUAUCACCAGAGAAGCGAUUGUCAAGCCUCCCGAGGGAACACCAAGUUUCUUUCAGGCGUUCAAUGCUCAUAACCGGUUGAUGGGGAUACUGGCUCGUGUGGUGAAGGAGAUUUAUCCUUUCCGAGAAAGGGGGCGGUCGGCAAAGGAAUCGAUGAGCGCUAGGCAGGGAAGCCCAACAUUCUUGAUUAGCUACUCCAGGAUUCUGGCAUUAGAGAAGGAAUUGGAAGACUGGAGGGGCGGCUUACCAGAAUUUUGGAGGGAGGGGACGGAGGGACCAAUCGAAGUUGUCCGCGUCCGGACCCUCCUGCGUUUCGGCUUUGCUCACGUCCAAAUGAUGCUCUAUCGUCCCUUUCUACACUAUAUGUCGCCUGCCCUGACAGCCGGCAAGCAAGUUGAUGAGCGGUGCUAUCGCUGUGCAGCGAAGUGCAUUGAGGUCUCGCGCAACAUCAUCCACAUUGGUGCCGAGAUUCAGAAGCAGGCUGUCUUAAUUGGCCCGUACUGGUUCAUCCUGUAUGCAAUCUUUUUUGCGAUACUGUCGCUUGUAUUUUUCGUCCUUGAGAACCCAGGACAUGUGAACACCAAGCAGUAUGUUAAAGAUAUCUAUGCCGGAAGGGAGUUUAUUGCAAAUUUGAAGGGUAGGAGUUUAACUGCGGAUAGGAUUACGAGCGCGCUGAAUCCUCUUUUUGAGCAGCUCAGUGAACGCCUGGAUACUGGUGCGAAGCAGCCAAAACCGAACAGGAAGAGGUCUGCCCCGCCUGCACUCCCUCAGGAACUAAAGGUGGACUAUCAUCCCGUGGCAUCAGGUCAGGAAAGCGACAACAGUUCCCAACAACGUGUUGAGGAGAUAAUACAGCCACAACAAAGGGGAGUUCCUCAGCAAAGCACCCAAUUAUCAUCAAGUUCACACCAACAGCUGGUCUCAUCUGGAAAUUACUUUCUCCAACACGCAAGCCUGUCGACCCAGGAUUUCCAAACGCUACAGGGUAUGAUUCCCGUACCCAUAACCGGACCUCUAACAGGGUCGACUGGGGCUGUAUCAACCAAUUUUGCGGCUGUGGCGGCUACCGCUGCUACAGUCUCUAGCACAGUCCAAGAUGCAAUCAUUCAGGGCUACCCACAACACCAAGCAACUCAGGGCAUCUCACCGUCAACGACCCUUCCGCAACACUCAACCUCAGUUCCCAACCAAGUCUAUGCCCUUGCUUCUGCCCCAACCACAGUUGCCCUGGAUAUGGGGAUAAUGUACCCUGCAUCAAACACGCAAAACUCCUUUGUCUAUCCUGCUCAGACUCACCCCUCAACUGGCGUAGCACCCCAACCCCAGGCCCAGACCAACCCAACAAUGCAAUUUUAUCCGACACCAGCAGCCAUGCAACAUGGAAGUUCAACUGCCGCGGGUACAAUGUACGAUGGAAUCGAAGGACAGCUGCUGGAGCCGAUUCCUUCGUGGUUGAUGCACACUCAAACUCAGAAUCAGCAGGAGCACCCAGGGCAGGGAUCACAAAAUGAUUUCCAUAUUUCAUUGGAGUCGAUGACGGCGUCUAGGAUCUCUCAGGGUUGUUGGGGAGGCGCAGAGGGGUAUCGUUGA